AUGGCGCACUUUCCCCCCUCCUACGGCUUUCGAGUCACGCCCACCCUGCACAACAAGCCAGAAGGCCCGACCUUGCCUUCGAAUAAUCCGGUCCCCACGAGUCCAUUCGUUGUGGUCGUGACAGGCGCCGGCAAGGGGUUGGGUUUUCACACGGCGCUCUCCUAUGCCAAAGCCGGUGCCAGCGGCUUGGUGGUCUCCUCCCGCACCCAGUCGGAUCUCGACGAGCUCAGCCGCCAGCUGAAAGCCGCGAAUCCCUCCGUCGACGUGCUCGCACUCGUGGCUGAUGCGGCCAAAGAAGCCGACGUUGCCAAACUGGCUGCAGAGACCAAGGCUCGGUUCGGAAGAGCAGACGUCGUGGUAGCCAAUGCUGGUGUCAUGGGCAAGUACUACACCGCCAAAGACGGUUCGACUCGCCUCCCGUACAACGUCGAAGAGGACCUGGACCUUCCAGACGUGGUCGAUAUCAACUUCGUCGGCAGCUAUUACUUGGCCAAAUACUUCAUUCCACUCCUGAAGGCUUCCCCCAACGGAGCCCAAGCGUUUAUUGCCAUCAGCUCCGUCACCUCUCACUUUCCCAACAGCGGCUUCACGCCGCUGGCGUACAACAUUUCCAAGCUGGCGCAGAACCGACUCAUCGAAUCCUUGCACAACGACUACGCCAAGUCCGGCCUGGUCUUCUAUGCUGUGCAUCCGGGCGUGGUCCUGACACCACAGACCGCGUCGCAUCUCACCGUUACUGAUGGUGCGAAAUGGAAGCCGAUCUUGAACGAUGACAUUGCCCUGUGCGGUGGUUUCUUGACAUGGCUGACCGCUUCCAAGAAGGAAUGGUUGUCCGGCAGAUUCCUCAUCAGCAAUUGGGACGUUACCGAGCUGGAGGGGAAGAAGGAUGACAUUGUCAGCAGAGACCUGUUCAAGUUCCAGAUGACAGUUUGA